AUGGACCUUGACCCAAGCCCCGCGCAGCGCUCCUCGCGCAAACACCUGCGCUCCAGUGAAGACGACAACUACGAUUGGAGCUCGGAAGUGUCUGGCCAAUUCGACGACGCCGAAGAGGUUGACCAGGACGAACAUCGCUCGCUCACGGCAAACCUAGCCAAACGCCGCAAGUCCAAUGAUUGGCCUUUGCCUGAUGAAGCUGCAGAGUAUGGUUCUGGGUCCCAUGACGGUGCCAAUGAUCGCCGCACCAACCGCAGCGAUAACGGCAAUCUGAGUGCUAGCAAUACUAGAACUGGAUACAAGGCCUCGCCGCGCGCUUCACCGCGUGCUUCGCCUCGCGGGUCGUUGGCUUCGCUGCGCGCUCGACAUGCCGCUGCUGCUUCUUCUAGUCCCCGUCAUCGGCGUGGUCGAACAUCCCGUUUUGUGGAGGCGACUAUGAAUGAUAGUGUCAGUGAGAAACCGCCUAGCAUUUACUUCCGUGAUCAGAAGCCGGCUGAGCAGAACCGCUCGUCUGGUAUAUUCCGAUUUGGAAAGGCCAUUGCGUCGGCUUUUAAUCCUUUUGGUGGAUGGGGCAAGAAUUCUGAGGAGUCGUCUAAUAAGUCGCCACAGAAGGAUGUUAUCAACCAGGCUGAGGCUGCUUAUGCCGAAUUGAAGAAGGCUGGCUACAAGGGUACCAAUAAGGGUUCAUACACCCAGCCUCAUUGUGUCAAUACGUCUCAUGCCGACCAGACCUGGCAGGCCAUUCAAGAGAAGAUGGAGAAUGGCUCGCCUGUGAAGGAUUCACGCCGUCAUUCUGUUGACCGUGGAGAUCGUGCUGUGCCCUCUCGCUCUGACUCUUCGGCUUCUAAACGCUCCUCUUUGCAGGAUCUGCGUAUGACCUUCUUUAACAGACCACAUGAAUCGCCUUCUACUGCUCCUGCGGUCUACUGUGAUAGAACGUCGGACGAGUCUGAGCCUACUGGUCUUCGCAAGCAACCUUCACGUCGGGAGCUCUCGCGCCAAGCCAAGCUACUCAAGAAAGUCAGCAACCUCGAGGAGAAGCUGCUUCGCGCUCGGCGGGAGCUUCGUGAUUUGACUGGCAACGAAGAGCGAACACCAGCACCUACACCAUGUUCCAAGCCUCUCAAUGCCGAGAUGGAUCCCGCAUCAUUCCCACGGAAGUUCGUUCCUGGGGCUCUUCCUACUCUCCCGUCGGAGAGACUUCUGGAUCAGCAAGCAGAAGCGUCCGGGUCUAAUGAGACCAGAGUGACAGUGACAGCCCUGCCUGCCAUGGAGGACCGAGAAAGUUUCCCAUUCGAAAAGCCGCGCCCAGCUCAAAGCCCGGCUGCGGCCAGAACUCCAAGACGCCGCUCGAAAGAGCCACGGCCGUCGUCAAUGGGUAAGAACAGCUCUUCCCGUAAACGGAAGUCACCCAUUCCUGAAUCAAUCGAUAGUCGGAACCCUCCUCAACCCAGUCCGACGGACUGCGACACCAACCUCGAACCCGAAUGCGAAUUCGACGAAUUGAUCGACUUCGAUCUCCUCAGUCCCCCGGGUAAAGCGAAAUGGCAAAAGUCCGAAGCCGGCGAAAGCCCAGGCUCGGCCAAGCGCAAGCAAGCUAUCGACAACGCCGCUCUCACGGCGAUCCCAGAAACCGUCGAAACAGACAGCGGCACAGACCGCAACACAACCAACAAAAGGUCUCCCUCUGUCCAAUCCCGAAGAGUCUCCACGGCCAAUCGCUCACCAAAUUCAAAGCCCUCAACCCCUCUCCGCAUGAGGCAGAGUCAGUCGCAACUGCGCUCAGAGUCAGCUGCCUCAGACCGGACUGAUACCUGGUUCUCGCCUCUGCCCACCACCCCAACAAACCAAUCCGACUCCCACCGCGCCUUCUACCUCCAGUCCCAUCGCACCCUCAAUCCAGACCGUAGCCCACGCCUUUCUCCUUCCAAACCACCUCCCGGAUAUCAGAGAGGCUAUGGUUACGGUCUGACUCGCAACGAGGACGUCCCUCCCGUGCCACCCCUCCCAAAGGAACUGCGCACGAAUGCUGCUAAAGUCACUAAGAACAAGUCACCUACUAAGAGACGGGUCUCUUACCCUGCGCAGCCUUCUGCCCUUCUCUCGCCUGAGCCGGACUCUGUUCGUCUUCUUGGUGGUCUUGAGGAUUACCAGUGGCCUGAGGAUAUCUUUUAA